UGCGAUGUGAAGUCGGUGCAAGCCAUGUAUAUAAGGGGGUUAGUUUUCCUGUCCGUCAUUGCCUGUUUUCGCGCAUCGGGGCUAGAUCUUCGGCGAUGGCUUCCUUUUUACCGAGCAAACGAGGAGGACUCAAGCUUUUAUUCGAUGGGUUCGAAUACGACAAACAACGAGAGAACGGCGACAAGAUCUACUGGCAGUGUAGUCGAAAGCUCGAAUGUAAGGCCCGAGCUCACACCAUCAACGGAGACGUGGUCAAAACGGUGAACGACCAUACACACGGGCCAUCGCUGCUCGAACAAGAGGCGAAAUUUGCUUACGCCGCCAUGAAGGAAAGGUCCCAACAGACGGAAGAAACUAACCAGUGCAUCGUCGGCGAUUUCGUGGAAGCAACGUCUGCGGAGUCACGGUGCUACCUGCCCUCCCAAGCAACCAUGAAAAGAAGUCUGAGGAGACUUCGGGCCCACGAGACACGGCCUCAUCCGUUGCCCUCCCGCCUGCAGGACGUCGUGAUUCCAGACGAAUACGCCGUGAAUAAGGAUGGAGCACCGUUCCUUCUUCAUGAUUCCGGUGCGACUGACGCAGAGCGCUUCAUUGUGUUCUGUAGCCCAGACAUGCUGGCGCUGCUAGGCUCUUCACGGCAGUGGUUUGCAGAUGGGACCUUCAAAGUUGCACCUGCUCUCUUCUACCAGCUGUAUACAGUUCACUGCAAGGUUAACGGCGCGGUCAUCCCUGCAGUGUAUGUUUUGAUGAGGUCUAAAACAGAAGCUGCAUACACUAAGCUGCUCUCGGUUCUAAAGAGCAAGUGUGCCGCUGCUGAUCCUUCCACCGUUCUACUGGACUUCGAACAAGCAGCUAUUAACGCAUUUAGGAGGGUGUUUCCGUCUUGUCAAGCUCUUGGCUGCUUCUUCCAUUUGUGUCAAUGCGUGUACAGGAAGUUGCAAAGCGAGGGUCUUCAAGAGUCGUAUCGGGUCGACGGCGCGUUUAACCUGAUGGCACGCAUGAUCCCCGCAAUUGCUCUCGUACCCGAAGGAGAUGUCUUUGAUGCCUUCGAGGCGUUAUCGACGAUGCCAGGAUUUCCUCCGGAGUUGCUACCGGUCUUGGAUUACUUUGAGGACACUUUCCUGGGACGUCUGACAGCCCGCGGCCGAAGGGAUCCAAGGUUUCCAGCCUCUCUCUGGAACCACCAUGCAACCGUGCUCCGUGGCGAUGCAAAAACAACGAACUCUGUGGAAGCGUGGCAUCGAGGGUUUCAGACCCACGUUCAAUGUCACCAGCCAAGCCUGUGGAAGUUCCUGGCCGUCUUGCAGAAAGAAGACGCCCUGAACCUGCACCGCCUCGAGCGUGUCAUCAUGGGGGUUGAAGAGAAAUCGGCGAAAAAAUAUAGAGACUCCGCUUCUCGGCUUCAGACGCUUGCGGCGCGCUUUGCAAGAGCGGGCAUCAUCGGCUAUCUGAAAGGUGUAGCUAACAAUGUUUCGUUUUAGCAUACUGUACCAUUUUCGAGAUGGUCAUGUUAUUAAAACUGUGUGCCUCCAAUGACUUUCAUUUGUUUCUCCACGUCAUUGAUAAUGAUCGUUAAUCCUGGAUAAAAUUAUAGCACGCCUAAUACUUUCUAAAUUGGUUAGUUUCUGCUUGUAACAUGUAUGUAUGACAGACAAUAGAACUGACAAAUACGCAAGUUCUCACAUUUGCAGAGAACACGCCCGUUUCCCUCCAGCACAGCCCUCGAUGUUUAUAUCAGAAAUUGCGUAAAUAACAUUAGAUAUUAUGUAUUUAUAAGAAAAUAGAUAAACUUGUUAAAGUGUUAUCUUUUAUCUUGAAUGUGAGCAGAUAAAGUAUAUCGGCCAGUAAUAUUUAAAUUGGAAAAAAAGAAAAAAAAAUACCUUCUGGCGCUCUCACAACCAAAAUUUCCCAAUGCACUGUUCGCCGAAAUUUUCGGUACCGAAAUGUCCGGUACCUAAACAACCACGUACCGAAAUGUCCGGUACC